AUGUUCCCCCUCCAACAUCUAUCCAAACUCUCUACCAUCUCGUCAACCAACACACCAAGCUCUCUACUAGGUUGUAUCAACUGUCUGUGGCACCAUUAUAUCUCGGAUCCCUCCGACGGAAGUAUAACAGCUGCUCUACCCCCUCAACAGCCAGUCUCCAAGAUGGCGUCCGUCGACCCCUUCGACUCGGCGCUCGACCUCCUCCGCCGCCUGAACCCGAAGCACACGUCGGCGCACCUGAACUCGCUGAUCAACAUCGCCCCGGACCUGACGGAGGACCUGCUCUCGAGCGUGGACCAGCCGCUCUCGGUGCGGCGGUGCCGGCAGACGGGCCGGGAUUAUCUGCUGUGCGACUACAACCGCGACGGCGACAGCUACCGGUCGCCCUGGAGCAACGAGUUCGACCCGCCGCUCGAGGGGGGCGCCGCCGCCGCCGCCAGCCUGCCCAGCGAGAAGGUCAGGAAGAUGGAGGUCCGGGCUAAUGAGGCGUUUGACGUGUAUAGGGAUUUGUAUUAUGAGGGCGGCGUUAGUAGUGUGUAUUUCUGGAACCUGGAUGAUGGGUUCGCCGGGGUUGUGCUUUUGAAGAAGGAGGCCAAGCCGGGUAGCGCCAGCGAAGGUACAUGGGACUCGAUCCACGUAUUCGAAGCUAUCGACCGAGCUCGCUUCACUCAGUACAAUCUCACAUCUACCGUCAUCCUGUCACUAUCUACGAACUCGAACAGUCUCGGAGACAUGGACCUCUCUGGCAAUAUGACGCGCCAGAUCGAGAUCGAGCUGCCGGCUGAGAGUGAUGAGCAGCAGAUUGCCAACAUUGGGAAGCUCGUCGAAGAUAUGGAGCUCAAGAUGCGGAACCUGCUGCAGGAGGUCUACUUCGGCAAGGCAAAGGACGUGGUUGGCGACCUGAGGAGCGUGGGAAGCUUGAGCGAGGGCGCGAAAGAAAAGGAAGCGCACAAGGAACUCAUCGGAAGCAUGACGCGAUGAUAGGUGGCAUCGGCCCAUCGAGUCGACCUUAUGAGAAUGUGACGAACAGGGGGGGGAGUGUUUGCCGUUCAACCGUGGCAUAUACCAUGAUGAGGGAUGAGGAACAUGGGGGACGACGAGUAUCACAGUUGGAUGGCGGAAAGUUGCACAGCAGCGACAAAUCGGAAUGAUGGCGAGUCGCAGAGUCUCGGGAAAUAUGUCUGAGACCUUGGUAGCUUUUCGUGUACGGUCCAGGGGGGGUGAAGGAGGUACAUAAAAAAAGAAUCUUAGAUUAGACGCGAGGCUUUUCUGGUCUGGGCAUACACAAUUUCCAUCCCAAAUCAGUAAACAGUUCUUUUUUUUUUCUCGAAGCAAGCAAGCAAGCAGGCAAGCAGACACGCAAGAUCCAAGGGCCCCGCGCGAAGAUCUCUGAUCGUACGAUCGUUUUUCCCGGCUCCAGAACGGAUAUGAUUCAAUAAUAACUCCCUCGGUAUAGAUUUUUAACCUUCUCCUUCGUCAUUCUUUUCGUCACAUUUUCCUUUUUCUACGUAAGAUCGGAUCGAACCGCAGGCGGCCAAUUAUAGGGCCGCUUCUUAUACAUGGCGUUCUAGAAUUUCGAUGCCGGUGUUUUAAGGGAUUUGUAGGUAACCUAGGUGAAAGUCAAAAGCCGUUGUAUGAUGAGCUGCCUUCCUGUUUCGAGCGGGAAACAGGAACUUCGAGAAUCGCGGCGGGAUCACCCGGAUCCUAACCUAGCACCUACAU